AUGGCGACGGCGGCGACGGCGGCAUGGACGGGGGCGGCGGGGCUUCCGGGGGCUCCCGCGGUGGGCGUCCUGCAGAAGAUCCUCAGCCUGAAUCCGGUGGCGCCGGAAGGCAACGCCACUUGCUCCGUCGCCUUCUGCCAGUUCCCAGAGAUGUGGUAUGGUGUCUUCCUGUGGGCUCUGGUGUCAUCCCUCCUUUUCCACAUCCCCGCGGGAUUGCUGGCACUCUACACCCUUCGGCUGCACAAAUAUGGCAAGUUCAUGUCAGUGAGCAUCCUGCUGAUGGGCGUCGUGGGACCCAUAACUGCUGGCACGUUGACUAGUGCGGCGAUUGCUGGCGUUUACAGAGCUGCUGGGAAGGAGAUGGUCCCUUUUAUGGCCCUGACAUUAGGUGUGGGGCAGUCCUGCUGCGUGGUGAUGAUUUCCUUCCUACGAAUUUUAGCCACGCUUUAGCAGCGCCUUGGAAACAGAGGCCGAUGCGGAC